GCUGGUUGAGCACUUUGACUUUUAAGUGCAGUUGUUGCGCCGUUGCGGGAAUGUUGCUGUCGUCAGUUCAUUAUGUCGUCCAGGAGGCAAAGUCCAAAAAUUCUCAAAAAGUCAGACAAUGCCCCCCUCACGCGUGCUGACCUUCAAUAUGAUCUUUUGGCCUCUCUUUUUUCUGAUACCAAUGAGGUCUUUACAGACCCUUUUCCGUCUCAACUCGAUAACCGGGCUGCGCGUUCUCGUGUCACUUUCCGGAAUUUGUAUGUGAACGCUAUUAUGAAUUCUCCCAAGGCUUCCAAGCUUCUCAAGGACAAGAUGUCUGACACUCCUGAAUUCGCUACUCAUUUCGCAAUGCUUUCGUUGCUCACUAACGUCGGAAGGAUCAACACAACUAUGAGCUUCUUUCCCGAAAUGAAAACCACCAUACGAACAUAUCAUCCCGUACCUGCUCUUCAAAGGACCUCUGGAAGUCUUCAGGACGCUCCCCGACUGAAAAGUAUCCUCAAAGCACUAGUAUAUGACUGUGAUAGUCCCAAGCUUGCUACCACCUUACGCGACUGCCGUUCCCGCAUCGAUACGGGUAUCUCACCGCCAACACAUAUAGCAAACCUUAUAUUUAUACUGGCCAAUGAGACCAUUUCAGUUAGCAAGUUGCAUUUUUCCGGUGAAGUUGACUUUCUCGAUCUCUUCACAUCUAUACGAUUCUCUAGUCAUUCACGAGCCCGCGCUUUCCUUUGGCUGGUUUACAACUACUAUGAAGCGACCGCCCAAUCGUCGAAACCGCUUGAAUCCGACACUGUCCGUACUGACAACAACCCGUUUUCGGACCCUUCAAGACCUGGAGAGCGGCCGUUGCUUGAAGAGCUUACGGAAGCUGAAUCUGCCUUGGAGAACGUGGAUCCUGAUGACGAGAACGAAAUUUCGGAUAAGCUGAUCUCGCAACGGAUGCAAUUCCUUGCUGCACAAAGUCCUAAAGAAUCUUCCAAAGUGGGCAAGAAUAGCGUCAAGGAUGACGAGAGCGUUAUGAGUAUCGAGUCUACAGUGAAAUCGAAGGGGAAGCGCCGUGGUGCUUUAGGUACUGGGAAGGCGAAGAACGGAAAGUCAGCUGCGGAUGCGACCGAAGGCUUUGUCGACCACUCAACUCCUAUCCGGUUCUCCGACGUUCAAUACCGCUCUUCACUUUACCGGUCGUCUCCGUUGCAGAUGAGACAAGCCAGACUCAUUUCUGCGCCUAUGCAUCGCUAUUCGCCGUAUGCCCGUUCACAUGAACGCCAUUGGACUAAUGUGGCACUGACGCGAUCCCCUCCGCGUACACUCCUAGAACAUGCUUGGCAUGUUGUGGCGCGCACAGACCCAUUAGCAGACUCUGACGAAGAAAUGGAGGACGAACAUUGCCGGAACGAUUAUGUGCAACGAUUGAAUAUCGUUUGUCGGCUUAGAGGGAAGAAUCCGACUCCAGAACCAGAAUGAACGCUUCCGAACAGUUUCAUUUUUCUUCAUCUUACAUACAUCCUACUAUCAUUCUUGUUUAUAUACUGAUUUAUUCAUAUUAACAUCAAGUAACAGUAAAAUAUUUGCACUACAGAAUGUAAAAUAUAGCGUACAUAAUAAACACAAACUACUGGAUAUUAUGGGAACUUGCAGAG